AUGGUGUCCUUGAAGGCAACAAUCCAGAGGAAUAUUAACAGUGGAAUAUCAUUGUCUAAGGCUAGGAGGGCAAAGAAUAAAGCUUUGAAAAUCCUAGAAGGUACCAUUACUGCACAAUAUGCUAGACUCUGGGACUAUGCUAGGCCUGUGUUCCAUAGAAUGUACAUUUGCUUGGGUGCCUAUAAGGAGGGAUUCAAGGCUAGAUGCAAACCUCUAAUAGGACUAGAUGGGUGCCAUUUGAAGAGUCCUUAUGGAGGUCAAUUGCUGUCAGCUGUUGGUCUAGAUGCCAGUAAUAUGACAUGGGUUAUUGCUUAUGCUCAAGUGGAAAUGGAAACUAAGGAUUCAUGGAUAUGGUUUUUGCAGCUGCUGGUGAAGGAUAUUGAGUUGGCAAACCAAUAUGGAUUUGCAUUUAUAAGUGAUAAGCAAAAAGGCUUGGUGGAGGCUUUUGAGGAAGUCGUGCCUAAUUGUGAUCACAGAUUUUGUGCAAGACACUUAUCUAAAAACUUUAGUUUGGUAUUCAAGGGAAAAAUAUUGAAGGAUGCAAUGUGGAGGGCUGCAUUUGCAACCACAGUUCCAGAGUUUAGAAGGGCAAUGGAAGUGUUGAGGACAUUAGAUGGUGAAGCUUAUACAUGGCUAACAUCUCCAGAGAGACCACCAAGACAUUGGUCAAGGUCACAUUUCAACACUACUUUGAAGUGUCCAAUACUAUUGAACAAUCCUAUGCCCUUAUCAAAGCUUGAAACCAGCAAAAAACAGGCUGCUGAUUGCAUUGCUAUUAUGUCUGGAGGACCCAAGUUCCAAGUAGAUACUGCAACUAAUGGGCAGUUUAUAGUUGAUUUGGAUGACAGGACCUGCUCAUGCAGGAAUUGGGUUUUAUCUGGUGUCCCAUGUAAGCAUGCAAUGUCAACUAUUAACCAUAAGAGAGGGAAUGGGCCUGACACCUAUAUAGACAAGUGUUACAUGAAGGAGACAUUCCUAAAGGCAUAUGAGAACAUUAUACAACCUGUGAAUGGAAUGGACCUAUGGGAAAGAACAGAUUUCCCUGAAAUCUUACCUCCUAUGUACAAUAGACAACCAAGUUGA